AUCCGCAUUUAUUGGCUGGCCGAAUCACGUGAUUUAACGAGCGCUCUGGACGAAAUCGGCCAGCAAUCACUGAAAGUGGACAUCCUGGGGGCGUAGUGUCUUUCUCAACUGACUGCGAAAGUUUGGCUAACAAACAAUGCUGAAAAAAUGCUUCUUCUAUACUGUUUUGUUGGGAUUUAUUGGGGCAUCUGUGCUCUACUGCUGUGUUUACGUCUCACGCCAUUACACUUUUCAAGAAGAACAAAUAAAAAACUUUUCUAUCCAGACGCAUUGGAAUCAUCACACUGACGUCGAAGAAUUCGAUACCUGUAGCGAAAGUUGGCAUCCUCCUGACCGCGGACGUAAGACAAUUCUCUUGUGGCUACCGGUGUCUUACAUAUGGAGCAUUCAAAUGUCCUUAAACAGUUGCUCCAUCGAUAAUUGUCGAUUAACGACCGACCGUCGCCUGUUGAACCAGAGCGACGGUGUCAUUUUCCAUUUUCGGGAUAGUCAUCCAAUGGAUCGUUUACCAACAUGUCGUCGACCGGAACAAUAUUACGUCUAUCUAAACUUCGAAUCUGGUAUUCGUAGCGAAAAUAAUUUUCCUAGGAAGAAAAUACCUCGCCAUUUUUUCAACUUAACUGCGACGUAUCGUCGUGAUUCGGAUUUUUAUGAAAAAGCAUUUGGUGGAUUUCGAUUCGAAGCCAAAGAAAAGCUGGAAAUAGCAAAAUUGGAUUUGACUCACUAUUACGGCAUUAACAUCAAGUCAAAGACGAAAAUAGCCGCAUGGUUUGUGAGCAACUGUAAAACAUCAAUCAAUCGGGAGGGAUACGUUCGUGAAAUGCAGAAACACAUUCCUGUCGAUGUGUUUGGUAAAUGCUUGGAGAAUCACAAAUCAUGUCCGAGAAAAAUGCAAGCGAAAUGCGACAAGAUGCUGGAACGUGAUUACCUUUUCUACUUGAGCUUUGAGAAUUCUUUCUGUCCUGAUUACGUCACGGAAAAGUUCUACAGGGCAUUUGAGACGGGCACCGUCCCCGUCGUGUUUGGAGGUGCAAAUUAUUCCUUGUUUGCACCGCCACAUUCGUUCAUCAAUGCGCGUGAUUUCGGGACGCCCAAACUACUGGCCGAUUAUUUACUUAAACUGAGCAAAAAUUUGGAUCUCUAUUCGCGUUAUUUUGACUGGAGGGGAAAAUUCAGUUUGCGAAAUAAUCCUGGCUGGCCCUGCAGACUUUGCAAAAUACUCAACGAUUCAAACAGGAUAUCAAAGAGCUACGAAGAUAUCGAGGAUUGGUUCUUCAACAAAUGGCCUUGCGAAAAUUAUGAAUGGACGAACCAAACAACGAAAUGAUAGUUUCAAAUUCAUUAAGACAAAUUCUAUUAUUUUGUGAUAUUAAACAAGCCGGCUUAUGCGGUGGUAAAAGGAUUACAGUUGGCAAAUAAAAAU